UUAUGCAGCACACUUGACAUGUGUGCGCAUGCGCAGUGUUCAUAACCUAUUUUCGUGUGUUUAUUCCGGUAUUAUUCUCAUUUCAGGGAUAAAUAAUUAAGUACAUUACUCCGAAAAUAAGAAAUAAAACACUCUGAUUUCGUUCAGCACUACAAGAAAUUUUAAAUCACGGUUUAAAGUGUUUUUCAGAUUUGAGGUUAACUUUUUGUAAUUUCUUCAAUAAAACUCGAAUCACAGUUAAAAUGGUAAAUAAGCUGAAUAAACGGUUUUACAACACCGUUCUAAGCCAAACGUUCACGCCCUGUGGCAAUUACUUGGUGGUUGGAGAUAUUUAUGGCACAAUUUCAAUCUUCCACCUCUCAAAGCUCGUUAAUCAAGGAAGCACGAUCACGCGCCAAGACCAAAUCCCAACUAACUCUUUCACAAUUAAGGAAGACAUUCAAAUUAACAGUUUAUUGACAACCAAAUCCCACUUGGUGGUUGGAACUGUGGGUGAAAUCUUGGGCUACACGUGGAAGAACGUGAAACUUAGCAAAAAAGCGACACCGUCAUGGACCAUUGAAAUCCCCAAUGCAAAAGACAGUUUUGAGAAACCAGACGUGAAUUGCUUGGUUUUGGAGCCCGAAAAUAACGUGCUAUUUGCGGCGUGCGGGGACAAUAAUGUGUACAGUUUUAACCUAGAAACCCGAAAAAAUAUCAAAACUUUCAAAGGACACAAGAAUUACGUUCAUUGUUUAACGCACUUAAACAAUAAAUUGAUCUCUGGAGGGGAAGACGGUUUGGUACUGAUGUGGGAUGCGAGAACUGCAGCCGCUGUAGGCAAAAUUGAACCCUACACGCGAGACAAAGUUAGUCGGCCUGAACUCGGUCCCUGGAUUGGUGGGGUUGGAAUUAAUGAUGAUUGGUUGUUGUGCGGAGGUGGACCACGACUUUCUUUAUGGCAUUUGCGCUCCCUAAACAUUUCCACUGUUUUCCCUAUCGACGACAAAGGGAUUCACGUUGCGGAAAUCUUCCACGACAAAAUUUUCGCCGGGGGAAGGUCGCCCCUUUUUUACCAAAUGAGCUUCAACGGCGACAUUGUAAUCGAAAUUCCGACUGCCGCCGUCACCACGUAUAGCGCCAUCCACCAGGACGAGCCCUUCCAAACGCUCUGUAUUGCAGGCUCCAGCCCUAAAAUCGACGUUUGUAGCAACUUCAUCUACAAAAACCUACAACUCUCUCUUUGUUGAUCCAAACUCGUCAAUUAGUUAAGUUUUAUUUAAAUAAAUAUAACUUAUAUACA